AUGUCGAUGAGCACAUUUGAUCCAAACCAAGCGCAAAAUUUGCCUGAAAUCGAGAAGCAGAUUGCCGUGCGAUGUGUUGAGCAUGCACAGACGUACUGGAGUCUGCUGGAGAAAGUGCGUGGCUCAGCACUUCGUCUGACCAAACUGGACCAAGAGAUCUAUACCGACUUUGAAGAAACAUUCCCUGAAGUGGCUUCGAAUGAUGAAGCAGUGCGCAAGAUCGAUGAAGAUGCAAUGAAGAGCCCAGCUGGCAAGGAAAAGUGGCGCAACUUUAUUAUGAAGUAUGAGAAGAAGGUGGCUGAUUUCAACUUCGGCACACUGAUCCGUAUGGAUGCAUCGGACGAAUACACGCAGAACAAUACGAUCUUUUUGACUCGCUUCCAAUUUUACGUGUUUGAGAUUGCGCGAUGCCGCCGCGGCAUGAACGACUGGGUCUUUGAGCAAGCACGCAAGGCCAAGGCAUCAGCGAAGGGAGCGUAA